AUGGCUACAGUCGCAAUAGGACACAUUGGCGAAUUCAACGCAGACGAGUCUACGAAUUGGGAAGUUUACACGGAACGACUUGAAUUUUAUUUACAAGCAAAUAAAAUAACAGAAGAUGAACAGAAAAGGGCGGUGCUGUUGACUGUUUGCGGAACAAGGACCUAUGAAAUUUUAAGGUCGUUGGUAGCUCCUGACGCGCCAAGUUCAAAAUCUUACGGGGAUUUAGUGAAAACCUUAAAGGACCAUUUCGCGCCUAAACCGUCCGAGAUAAUGCAGAGAUUUCGUUUUCAUAAACGCGAUCAAGGACAGAAUGAAACAAUUGCGGUGUACGUGUCUGAACUAAGAAAAAUUGCGGAGCAGUGUAACUUUCCCAGAGAAACCUUAGAGACAAUGCUUCGCGAUCGUGUAGGGUGUGGCGUUCGCAGUGAAGCGUUACAGCGCAGGUUGCUAGCAGAAAAAGACUUGACCUUCAAAAUUGCAUUAAAUACGGCAACGGCGGCAGAAACAGCUGAUUUGAACGCUCUAGAAAUCCGGAAGCAAACUGCACCUGUUCAACAGCUGACCGCCACCACAUCAACAUACAGAAGGGUUAAUCGAGACAACAAAGAGCAUAACAGCGGUGUCACCAGCUCCGGGUCAAAUGGCACCAAUAAUUUGCACCGUCGACAAAACCAGAGUAAUUACAAACCCUGUUUUAGGUGUGGAAGCCAACACAAUCCAUUCAAUUGUCGCUUUAUGAACGAAACAUGCAGAUUCUGUAAGAAAAGGGGCCACAUAGAGAGAGUGUGCAUGCAGAAAAACAGGAAACAACAGACAAACGCAGUUGACGCAUCGGAGCAGCCGGAAGAUGACUAUGCCGAAAUAUUUACUUUAAAUGGGAUAACCAGCAAUUUACCGGUUGCAACCACAGGUAUCAAUAACAUUACAAGCAUGCCCAAAGCAACGGUAACAUUAAAUGGACAAAAAUGUUAUAUGGAAGUGGAUUCAGGAGCGGCUGUAUCAUUAAUGGCCUCCAACACGUUUAACAGAAUAUUUCAUGUAUACAAACCAGAGCUAUCAAACUCGACGUUAAUUCUAAAGGACUAUCAAGGAAAUGUUAUAAAAACUGUUGGCGUGUGUCAAGUCGAAGUUAAAUACGCAGGCCGAUGUGCAGUACUACCGCUCACAGUAAUCGAAGAUAACCGAAGCAGCUUAUUAGGCAGAAAUUGGUUUGCUACAUUAGGAAUUAAACUGGCAGGCGUUUAUCAGCUUACAUCAGAAUCGGUGAUAACAAAAUCAGUUGCGGAAGUACUGAGCAAGUAUGCUGACAUUUUCAAGAAUGAAUUAGGCAAGUACAAAGGCCCUCCUGUGACAUUACCAAUCAAUGAUAACGUACAACCGAUACUAUGUAAGGCCAGACGGGUGCCAUUUGCAUUAUUACCCAAAAUUGAAACGGAACUGCAAAAUUUAUGCCAACAGGGCAUUUUAGAACCGAUAACCCACCCACGAUGGUGUACGCCAAUCGUUCCCGUUGUUAAAAAGGAUUCCAGCAUAAGAAUAUGUGGCGAUUAUAAACAAACCUUAAACAAGGCAUUGCGUACUGACGUUUACCCAAUUCCAGCCAUUAACACUAUAUUAAGUUCACUAGCCGGAGGUAAAAUUUUUGCCAAAUUGGACUUGGCUCAAGCAUACCAGCAGUUAGAAGUUGACGACAAGUCUGCUGAAGCCCAAACAAUAAUCACACACAAAGGACCUUUCCGAGUAAAACGACUACAAUUUGGAAUCAGCGUGGCUCCACAAAUAUUUCAAAAUUUCAUGGAUCAGAGACUAAGCGGAAUUCAAGGAGUAUUCCCGUACUUCGACGACGUACUGGUAGCAGGAGAAUCGGAAACACAAUUAGCCGAACGACUCGAGGAGAUAUUCAAGCGAUUCCAAGAAGAUGGCUUACGCCUCAAGCGAGAAAAAUGUGCAUUUGGAGUGAAAGAAUUGAGUUUUUUAGGAUUCCAGUUAACUGAAAAUGGACUGCAACCGAUCAAAGACAAAGAAUGUUGA